CGUAUUGUGGCAAAAUGGCAUGUUUAUGUGCGUUUCACACAUGAAUCCACGAGAAGUGUUAAUGCUGCUAACAUAUUUUUCUAUUUAUUAACAAAUUAUUUCGUGGUGGAAUCAUAGAUAAUAGGUAGCCAUGUAGCGAAUAAAAGUAUUUGUAGUAUUUUGUAAGUUUCGGCAAAGGUAUUAUCAUUUGCUAUUUAGUAAGUUAGCUGGGUUAGAGUCUGCUUAUAAAUUACAUGCGAAAUGACAGAACCUUGUUCUGAAGCAGCUCGAGCAAUCAGGCCCAUAGACCGGAACUCGGUGCACCAGAUCUGCUCCGGACAGGUCGUGCUGAGCCUGGCUACAGCUGUGAAGGAGCUGGUGGAAAACAGCAUAGAUGCUGGAGCUACCAAUGUAGAGAUUCGAUUGAAAGAAUAUGGAUCAGAAUUGAUAGAAGUAUCUGACAAUGGAAAGGGAGUGGAGGAAGGCAAUUUUGAAGGACUGACAUUGAAGCACCACACCUCUAAACUGCAAGAUUUCUCUGACCUCAUUCACGUAGAAACAUUUGGCUUCCGAGGUGAAGCUCUCAGUUCACUGUGUGCCCUUAGUGACCUGAGUGUGGUGACAUGCCAUGAGUCCGCCCACGUGGGCACACGCCUCGUCUUCGAUCAUGACGGCCACAUCAGCCAGCGCAGCCCCCACCCUCGGCAGCAGGGCACCACCGUGCUGCUGCAGAACCUCUUCUACACACUGCCAGUUCGCCACAAGGAAUUUCAGCGAAACGUCAAAAAGGAAUAUGCCAAAAUGAUCCAGGUCCUGCAGUCAUACUGCAUCAUCUCCACGGGAGUGAGGAUAACCUGCACCAAUCAGAUCGGCCAGGGCAAGCGCAACGUUGUGCUUUCCACCAAUGGCAGCCAAAGCAUGAGGGACAACAUUGGAGCUGUGUUUGGGCCCAAACAACUCCAGAGUUUGCUGCCAUUUCAGCAGCUUUCUCCCACUGAGGCUGUCAAGGAAGACUAUGGUCUCAAUGACGCACACUUACCCACUGAUCUUUAUGUGAUCUCAGGGUUCGUGUCACGUGGAGAUCACGGUGUGGGUCGAAGCUCCACUGACAGGCAGUUCUUCUUUAUCAACGACCGUCCAUGUGACCCCUCAAAGGUUUCCAAGCUUGUAAAUGAAGUUUAUCACAUGUUUAACAGACAUCAGUACCCGUUUGUUGUUUUGAAUAUUUGCGUUGCUUCAGACCGCGUUGACGUUAAUGUUACCCCUGACAAGCGUCAGAUCUUCCUUCAAGAAGAAAAACUUUUGUUAGCCAUUCUGAAGACCUCCCUGGUAGCCAUGUAUGAUACUGGUGUAAACAAGAUCAGCCUUAACCACACAAACUUGCCUAUGCUGAGCACGUGUAGGGAUGUUGUUCAGUCUCCAGAUGUAGAACAACCUGAGACUGUCAUGGAAACAGAAGUUCUUCCAGAACCAUCUCUUUCCCUCACAAACUCCUCCUUGAACCUGGCCGGGCUGAGGGCUGCAUUUUCAUUGCAUCAGGUGGCAGGUGGAAAAAACCAGCCUAACAGCAGUAAAACUAGUUUUCAUGCUCCAGCUCAGAAGAAGUUAAAGUGCUUUUUCGGCAGUGCUGACAAAAACAUGAUACAGCAGCCUUCUAGAAAUGCACAGGACUCCGUAGCACCAUCAUUUUUGAAGACCCCAGUGGCAGAAGGCAAUGGAAGUGAGCUAACUGGGGACAGUAACAUGGACACUAACAGUGGGAGUGUGUUGCCUGAGCUGGCAGAGCAGUACUUGGGGAUGGGGACUGGAGAACAUGCGCUCAAAUCUGGAUCAGCAUUCAGUUCCCCAGAGGAGAAGGCUGUUAACAAUAGUGAGAGUGAGAACCACUGUGGAAAGGGAAAUGAAGACCAUGAGUCCAAGAAGGCCUCCGUCUUGAGCGGAGCUGAUCCCUGUAGACACAAAGAGCCUUGCAACUCGAGUCCUGACACUAAAAGGCCUAAGUUAGAGGCCGUAGUCUCAGGCAUGAAAACUGCCCCCGGUGUGAUCAAGCUUGAUGCCCCAGUCAGCAUGAUAAAAAAAAUCGUUCCGCUUCGCUUCUCUUUACCUGAUCUAGCAGAUCGUUUGCGGAAACUGCAGGAGCAGAGAAAGGAGAGAGCUAGUGAAGGGCUGAAGUACAGGCGGUUUAGGGCGAAGAUAAACCCAGGGGAGAACCAGACUGCGGAGGAUGAGCUGAAGAAGGAAAUCAGUAAAGACAUGUUUAAAGAGAUGGAGAUUAUUGGCCAGUUCAACCUUGGAUUCAUCAUCACCAAACUAAAAUCUGACAUUUUUAUGAUAGACCAGCAUGCCACAGAUGAAAAAUAUAACUUUGAGAUGUUGCAACAGCACACAGUGUUGCAAGGGCAGAAACUUAUAGCUCCACAGAAGCUUCACCUCACAGCAGUGAGUGAGACAAUACUUAUGGAAAAUGUGGAAAUCUUCAAGAAAAAUGGUUUUGAUUUCCUUAUUGAUGAGGAAGCCCAAGUCACAGAGCGGGUGAAGCUGGUUUCUCUUCCCACAAGUAAAAACUGGACCUUUGGACCAGCUGACAUCGAGGAGCUGGUCUUCAUGCUGAGCGACAGCCCAGGGGUCAUGUGCAGACCUUCCCGUGUUAGGCAGAUGUUUGCUUCUAGGGCUUGCCGUAAAUCGGUGAUGAUUGGCACUGCCUUGAAGAACAGUGAGAUGAAGAAACUGGUAGCACACAUGGGUGAAAUUGAGCAGCCAUGGAACUGUCCCCACGGAAGACCCACCAUGAGGCACCUAGCCAACCUGCACAUGCUCACUCAAGACUGAUGCCUAUACUGCCACCUAGUGGCCAUGCUUUGAAAUGCAUCACAACCCAUGUUUUUAUUUUGCCAUGUAACAAGCAUGUUGCAUUAAUACAGACUUUUAGUGUUUUAUUCAGUUUUAAACCAAAACGUGGGUUUGCAUUGAAAAAAAUCACCUGUAAAUUUUAGUCAGUAGAUACAAAUUAUUUUGAUGGCUCAUCUUUGACAGAUAUAACUAAUCUUUAGUUUCUUUUUCAUGUUGAAUAAAAAUGUAUUUUUAUUUCUA